AUCACGAACCCCCGCCGCCCUGUCUGUCAACCACCGGAUUGAUGUGUAAUGCCAAAAAUGACCAGUCUGACAUAGAAAAGCAAUAUCCGAUUGUCAAUAACAACGAGAGCCCGCAGGCAUAUUGCACGGUAGCUAUUUAUUCCCUUAUUUAUUUCUAUUCGUUUUUAUCUCCCUCCAUUGAUUUUUCAGUAACGGCUGGGCUCGCGGGCUGCGGCUGCUGAGAGGCAGGUGCAUCGUCAGACAGACGCUCGUUGGGCGUGAUGUGAUGAGAUGGAUUCCGCUCCAGUGCAGCGACGAGACGGACGCAACCGGAGAAUCACCGAGUAGCAGCGAGGCGCGUGUGAUCGAGCUGCCGACACCGUGGCGCAGGAGCACGGGCGGGGAAGAGGGCUCGGCCCCUCGCGAGCGCUCCGUCUGAUCAACAGAUAUUGAAUAUUAAACGGCCGUACGUCCCGAAACACGGCUGUUGCUGGUGGAAUCGGGCCGUGGAGCGAAGUGGCAUCAUGUGCACCUGAUGACAUUGUCAUGAAUUCAUAGAAGCCAUUUCGCCAUUUCGAUUCGUGUCGCCGGUUUACUGUUUAUUCUUUCUCUAAUAACGAGUUUCGAUCAGACGCCGCCAGGAUGAUGGAGCUGGACGAGGUGGUGUACCAGGACGAUUAUGGGACAGUGUCUGUCAUGUCAGAGCGGGUGUCGGGCCUGGCCAGCAGCAUUUACCGGGAGUUCGAGCGCCUCAUCAAGAGCUACGAUGAGGAGGUGGUGAAGGAGCUGAUGCCGCUGGUGGUGAACGUCCUGGAGAACCUCGACUCGGUGUUAACGGAGAACCAGGAGCACGAGGUGGAGCUGGAACUUCUCAAGGAGGACAACGAGCAACUCAUCACGCAGUAUGAGCGGGAGAAAGCGCUGCGCAAACAGGCGGAGGAGAAGUUCAUUGAAUAUGAAGAUGUCUUGGAGGCAGACAAGAAAGAGUUGCAGUCCAUGUUGGAGACUUUGGAGCUGCAAACAAAACAACUCGAGCUGAAGGCCAAGAACUAUGCUGACCAGAUCUCUCGUCUGGAAGAACGAGAAUCAGACAUGAAGAAAGAGUAUAACGCCCUUCACCAGCGGCAUACAGAGAUGAUACAAACAUAUGUGGAACACAUUGAGCGUUCAAAGAUGCAACAGACAGGCAGCAACCAGUCUGAAUCUACAGGCUGCGGACGGGCUUUGGACAUAUUCCACGACACAACAGGAGGAAAAGGUAUGGGCAGUAGUGAUGAAUGGUCAGAGUUUCUGGAAAUUAUAGACUCAACACCAGAGCUAGAAAUGUGCUUGGACCCUCGAAUCUUCGGAGGAGGAAACAGUCCUUCUCAGGGCAUAGUGAAUGAGGCAUUCGGCAUCAACACAGACUCUCUGUACCAUGAGAUCAAAGACGCCAAGUCUGACAUAAUCGGUGAUGUGGACGCAGGAGCCGAACUUCUCGGGGAAUUCUCAGUCCGGGAUGAUUUCUUUGGCAUGGGGAAAGAGGUGGAAAAUCUGCUAACAGAGAACAAAAAACUACUGGAGACCAAGAAUGCCCUGAAUAUUGUGAAGAAUGACCUGAUUGCUAAAGUAGAUGAGCUGUCGAGUGAACAGGAAGUUCUCCGGGAAGAGCUGGAAACAGUGAAACAGUCCAAGAGCAAAGUGGACCAGAGAGUGAAAGAACUGGAGGAGGAGCUAAAGAGGUUGAGAGCUGAAGUUUUAGGACUAUCUCAGGACUCUAAAGAUGAAGGCGGAGAGGAUUACUCAUCUCCACUGCAGGACGAUGUGGCCAUGACGCAGAGACGAAGGUUCACACGUGUAGAGAUGGCCCGUGUGCUGAUGGAGCGCAACCAGUACAAGGAAAGACUGAUGGAGCUUCAGGAAGCUGUGCGCUGGACCGAGAUGAUCAGGGCAUCUCGAGAGAGUCCUCCUCUACCAGAGAAAAAGAAGUCCAUAAUCUGGCAGUUCUUUGCACGCCUUUUUAGUUCAUCUGCGAGCCCUCCUCCAGUGAAACGGCUGUACACCAGUGUCAACAUUCACUACAAGUCUCCCUCUCCUGCUGGCUACAACCAGAGACGCUCCCAAACCAUGUGCCAGAUCUCCACCUCCAGCUGCAUACUGGAGUUCAUGCCGGAAGAACUGCCCAGUAAUGGUGUUGCGUCUCUCCUCAGCGAUUCUGCGCUCUGUACACGCAGAGAGCAGCGUCGAGAGCAGUACCGGCAGGUGCGCGAGCACAUGCGCCGGAAGGACGGCCCCAUGCAGACCUGUGGCUGGAGUGUCCCGUCCCGAUUGAAACAGAACGGCUCCCAGGCGGAAAGUGCUCAAGAUGCCACAGCGAAGAGGACGCAGACCAAUGAGAAAGAGGAUAAUCGCUUGAAAAAUGUCCCUGUGCCAGUUUACUGCCGUCCUCUAGUGGAGAAAGACCCCAACAGGAAGCUAUGGUGUGCUGCUGGUGUGGAUCUCACUGGCUGGAAGACACCCAAUCAGGAGACUGCAGCUGUGAAGCUGUCCAAUGGCUCAGAUCCUUUGACUGCUGAAGAUGAAGGCAGAGACAGCAAGAGUGAGCAGAGCUCACCAGAGAAAAAGAAGCCUAAAGAACUGCAUGAGACUGACUCCAUGAGCAGCCGCGUGUGGAUUCUGACCAGCACUCAUUCAGCCAGUAAAGUGGUGAUUAUCGACGCAAACCAGCCCUGCUCACUGGUCGACCAGUUUAAUGUGUGUAAUGCCCAUGUGCUGUGCAUCUCCAGUGUACCAGCGGCCAGUGAGAGUGAUUACCCAGCAGGUGAGAUAUUUCUGGAGCAGCAGGCUGGAGAUGGGCCUUCAGAGGAGAAGGGUGGAGUGGAGGGCAUGCUGGCGGGGAUCACCAUCGUGGGCUGUGCCACUAACUGCAGCGUAGUGCGCAGCAACUGCUCCUCUCGCACUGACACACCUGUGCAGGACCGAAGCCAAGCUCCUACAGCUCCAGUGUGCAGAAGCUUGGCAGUGUCACAGUCUGCAGAGGAAGCCACAGAAGCCAUUGAGGUGUCUGAGGAGGCAGGGCCUAAUGAGAAUGAGGACAGCACACUCGGACCUUUCACCGAGCAUGUCUUUACUGACAGCACACACAGUGAAGCAGGUGUGCCGAAGGAGCAAGUGACAUCAGCCCCCACAGACUCCGAAGAGGCAGGAGACGACCGGGCAGGAACAAGUGCUGCCCCGACCAUGUGGCUGGGAGCCCAAAAUGGCUGGCUUUAUGUCCACUCUGCAGUGGGCAACUGGAAGAAAUGCCUCCAUUCUAUCAAACUCAAAGACUCUGUACUGAGUUUGGUACAUGUGAAAGGGAGAGUUUUGGUUGCGUUAGCUGAUGGAACUCUUGCAAUCUUCCACAGAGCUGAAGAUGGACAAUGGGACCUAUCUAACUAUCAUCUAAUGGAUCUGGGAAGACCCCACCACUCCAUCCGAUGCAUGGCUGUGGUUCAUGACAAAGUCUGGUGUGGAAACAAGAACAAGAUCCAUGUGAUCCAGCCCAAGAGCAUGCAGAUUGAGAAAUCAUUUGACGCUCACCCACGCAAGGAGAGCCAGGUGAGGCAGCUGGCAUGGAUUGGUGAUGGUGUCUGGGUUUCAAUCCGGUUGGAUUCUACGCUCCGUUUGUACCACGCACUCACACAUCAGCAUCUGCAAGAUGUGGAUAUCGAGCCUUAUGUCAGCAAGAUGCUGGGUACAGGAAAGUUGGGCUUCUCUUUUGUCAGGAUAACUGCGCUGUUGAUUGGAGGAAACCGAUUGUGGGUGGGGACUGGAAAUGGUGUCAUCAUCUCAAUCCCUCUGACUGAAACCGUAGUGCUUCAUCGAGGGCAGCUCCUUGGACUGAGGGCCAAUAAGGUGUCACCCACAUCAUCGGGGGGCGUGAUCCACGUAUAUGCAGAUGACAGUAACUCGGAGAAGAGUAGCUUCAUACCGUACUGCUCUAUGGCACAGGCUCAACUCUGUUUUCAUGGACACAGAGAUGCCGUCAAGUUCUUCGUGUCAGUGCCAGGCAAUGUGUUGGCCACCCUGAAUGGUAGCGUGUUGGACAGUCCAUCAGAGUCUCAGGGGUCCUCAGCCCCGACAGACACAGAAGCACAGAGCGUUCAGAACGUGCUGGUGCUGAGUGGAGGAGAAGGUUAUAUUGACUUCCGUAUCGGUGAUGGGGAAGAUGAGACAGAGGAAGCAGAUGGUGAAGCUCCUCAGAUGAAGCCAGCGUUGUCUAAAGCAGAGAGGAGUCAUAUCAUCGUGUGGCAGGUGUCUUAUGGUCCGGAGUGACAUGAACAGACGCCUCCUGCCUGCCCCCCUUUCCGCCCUAUAAGUCCGCCCCCAAAGACGAAGUAUGAAUCCUUUCUGUAACUAUGCCCCGAAUUGUGUACCUAAGCUAUGUACCUUCCACAGCCUUGUAACUACCCCUUUAAAAUCUUAUAUUCACCCCGUUAACCUGUAUUUUCCUACCCUCAAUUAUAACUACCUGUACGAUCCUUCAAUCCACCUUAUAACAUUCCCUUCCCAACAAAAACACACAAAGUUCAAGAACUUCCUGCAUCUUAUGACUGAAUGGCAAUUUUAAAUGAAAUAUAAACAGUUUAAAUCCAGUACCAAACUACGUUCCUGAAAGAACUACCCAGUUUUUGCCAAAAACCCUGACCUUUAUUUUUACAGUCCGUCAGCACACAGCUCACUGAAUGACAGGAACUCAUCAUGAACUCAAGUGACUUCAGAGAUGAGAAGAUUCAUUUUGGAAGAACCAGCUAGAUGUGUAAUGGAAUACAAGAGGGAAAAUGCAAAUAAAACCUCAAUAUGUAAAUACUGGAAAGCAUCAUGGACUGCAGAGAGAAAUAAGAGUGAAUACUUGAGGAUAAUCAAAUAAGUGGUCAGGAUUUGUUGGCUAGCUAGCACAAUCCAAAUAUGUCCCAAUGCCAUUUCAGCUCAUUAUUACGUAAAUAUGUAAAAGAAUAUUCAACAAAACUGAUUUAAAAAGCUCAAAUUCACUUCAACCAUUUGCAGCUACCCAUUUUUCAACCUCAGUGAGAUGUGUGCUGACUAGCACUGCUAACUUCCCUUUGGGAUUAAGAAUGAGGUUAACAGCUGAACCGAAGCAUUUGAUUGGACGAGGUUUGGAAGUGAUGGUCGUCCCAGUCGCCUUGUAUGUAAAUCAUCACUCUGUGUUCUCUUUGUGGUUAAGUAUUAAGAAAUA